CUUAAGCCUUCUCUCUCUCUCUCUCUCCCCCCCCCCCCGGAUCUCCAUGAGUCAGCAUGGUACAAUCAAAGAAGUUCAGAGGAGUGAGGCAGCGCCAGUGGGGCUCUUGGGUGUCAGAAAUUCGCCAUCCUCUGCUAAAGAGAAGGGUGUGGCUAGGGACAUUUGAGACAGCAGAGGCAGCUGCGAGGGCAUAUGAUCAAGCAGCCAUUUUGAUGAAUGGUAGAAAUGCAAAGACCAAUUUCCCACCACCUUUGAAUGAAGCUGAAGAUGGUGGGUCUUUCUUGUCUCCCAAGGCUCUCUCUGAGCUGUUGUCCACAAAGCUUAAGAAAUGCUGCAAGGACCCAUCUCCAUCCCUCACUUGUCUCAGGCUCGAUUCUGAUAAUUCUCAUAUUGGUGUGUGGCAAAAGAGACCUGGACCGCGCUCUGAUUCCAAUUGGGUCAUCAGGGUAGAGCUUGGCAAGAAACGAGCACAGCAAGAUGAUAAAACUGCUGCAGACGCCAUUAGCAGUGAAGCUGCCAGCGAGGUGGAAGAUGAAGAGGCAAUGCAGAUGAUUGAUGAGCUUCUUAAUUGGAACUAUCCUUGCGAUUCCUCCAGUAGCCCUGAAGAAGAACAAAGAUAACCUUACCAUCUCAGGAGCCUUGAAUUAGAAUGUCCUUUUUUCUGCCAUCUUUCGUCCAUUUACUCCAGUCUUCUUUUGGGAAAAAAAAUGACAGCGAGUCUUCUAGUACACCAUGCAUGAGUCUAUCUGGAAGAUGAUGUAAACGUUGCACAGGAAGUGCUUGGAAUAACACAAGCCUCGGGCACUAUUUUCUGCAGCCAUAGUCCUCUUAGUUGAGGACAGUUCCGAGGUUAUUUUUCCUAA